AUGAACGGUGAUACCUUUUAUGACUGGUUCGCCAACAUUUUACCGCUACUUCGUGAAAAUGCCGUUAUAGUCAUGGACAACGCGUCGUAUCAUUCUGUGAAGAAGCACACGUUUCCAGUAAGAUCUUGGAAAAAACAAGACAUCAUUGAUUGGUUGACAGAUAAAGGCGAGGUAAUAGAUAAACCAAUGGUCAAGGAACAACUGUUGGAUCGAGCGCAAAUUUUAAAAUCACAGUAUAAUGAAUAUGUGAUAGACGAAUUGGCGAAAUCUGCAAAUAAAACUGUGUUACGCCUACCCCCGUAUCACUGUGAAUUAAAUCCAAUAGAACUUGCGUGGGCGUCGGUGAAAAAUUAUGUUAGAAUGAACAAUCGUACUUAUAAAAUUAAUGACGUUAAGAAAUUAUUAGAAGAAGGAGUCGAACGGGUUACGCCCGAUAUGUGGAAGAACUUUGUUGGCCAUAUCAUUAAGGUAGAAGAUAAAUUCUGGGAGGUAGAUUUUAUAUCCAACGAAUUGUUAGAUGCUGAAGUAACACCACACGUUCUAACAAUUACGGGUGACACGUCUGAUUCAUAUUCCGAUUCCGAUUAA